AUGACGAACGCCGAAGCCUGCAGACAAGAGCUCCUAGAUCCGGCCGCCGCGCCGCCCACGCGGCCACCGCAGCCGCCGCACCGUCGCGCCCCUCAUCCGGCUCCUCCUCCGGGCACACCUCCACCAUCGAGCGCCACCGCCCCGGCUCGCAACCGCGCCGCGCCGCGACAACACCAAGCGGACCCGCCGCGGACGUCCCGCGGCAACCUCGCCGUCAUGGCGGGCCCCUUGCGGCAUCUUCGUGGCCAACCCAAGGCCGCCGCCGCGCAGCCCUCCCGGCCCAAGGCCGAGGCCAGCACCACGCCGCCACCGCGCCCGUGGCCCGCACGGCCCGGAUCGGGGCCCGCCCAUGGCGCCGGCCGCCGCGCCGCCGACCACCGUCCGUGCCUCCGUCCACAUGCACCCGACGCAAACACCGCGAGGCCCGCGCCGGCCAGCCGCCGCGCCGCCACGGCCCGGAGAUCUCCCGUGCGCCGCUCCCCGCGCCCGCCCCGGCCACCAAACGCCGGCAGCGGCACGCCUCCACCACGCCGCCGGGGGCCGGAGCACCUCCGCGCCCGCCGCACGCCGCCGCGCUCGCCGCACGCCGCUGCAACCGCCGUUCUUGAGCCGCGCCCGAACGAGCUCCCUCUCGCCAUGGACGCGGGACGGGAAGAAACGCCCCGCCGCCACCUUCCUUGGGGAGCGCGCAGCUUUGCCGGCCCCCCUCCGGCGGCGGCGAGGGAAAGGAGGAAGGUGGGGGGCCUGGGGUGGCGGCGGCUAGGGUUUCCCCCUGGUUGCCAGAGGAGGGCGACACAGGGGGUUUCGCUCCCAGAACAAAAACAAAUUUGA